AUGGCUUUGAAAUCAUUCCCAGACGACCAGAACAUCUUAGCUUUUCGAAAGAAAUUGGCCCUAGAAGUAUCCUCAUACUUGCAUUCCAAAAAUAUAGACGUAAAUGAGUUCGGCAAAGAGGACUACCCGGACCGCGGACUCGUUCGUAGAGAGCUUUACCCAUGGAAUGAUCACGAGCCCGAUCGAUACUCUCCUACCAGCAUAGAUUUUCUAAAUCAUGAGAUGAGUAAGGUCGCCCCUAAGUUAGAAGUUCUCGCAGUAAAGCUUCCUGUUCUUUCUAUUCCGAAAACAUCACUCAAAGGGGACAAAUCUCCAGAUGCUUCGACCGAGUUUGACCAGCAGCUUGGCAUCUUUGCUAAAGAAGAUAUAUCUCCCGGCGAGAUAAUUCUCAAUGAAAAGUCGAUGGUAACCGGAAUUACGCGGCUGCAUGAUUCCUUUUGCGACGCUUGUAGCAUCAAGUUACCAAAGAUCACGACAACCGCGCUAGAUUCAGAUAACACUUCCAAUCCCGAGCAAUCGAUAUGCUGCGAGGAAUGCGACGACGUAUUCUUUUGCAGCCAGGAGUGUCACGAUCUGGCCCAAGAGUCCUAUCAUCCCGCAGUUUGUGGCGCCGUAGUGGAUAUCAUCUCCAAAAAUGUCCCUCCUACCGAAGCGGCAGAUUUUCUUUACUCUUUGCUUCUACUACGUGUCCUCUCCAUGGCAGAGACACAGGAUAUACACCCCCUCGAUGUAAAAGAGAUCAAGUACAUAUGGGGAGACUACCACGGACUACCACUUAACCGACUGUACCAAAUUGGCACAGACGAAAAGCCACUCGAUAAUUUUGGAGGCGUUCCUCAGACUCUUCCAUUCUCAUUUGAAAUGAACGUACAAACGCCCCUUCACCUCCUAGAAAAGAUGGACGUCAACAUUUUCACUCAGAGUCCGCGAUACGACACUUGGGUAUUCAACACCCUGUAUGCGAAGUUCCGAGGGACCGCAUCUGCUCGACAGGGUCUAGAUGGAAAGCCGGAAACUGGUGCAGUCCACCCUAUGUGGUGUCUCGCCAACCACAGCUGCGAUCCAAAUGUAGCGUGGGAGUGGGAGGGUAGUAUCAAGUUUUGGACAAAAGAGAAACGAGUGGGUUGGAAGGGGAAAGAGGCACGAACAGUGACUGGCAUCAAAAAGGGUGAAGAACUGCUUAGUCAUUACUGUGACAUCCGAUUGCCGGUCAAGGAGAGGCGAGAGUGGGCUGCUGGUGCCCUCGGCGGCGACUGUCGCUGUGAGAGAUGCGUAUGGGAAGCCGGCGAGCCUCGCGAUGGGGAUGAGGAAAGCCGUUCGUGA